AGUGGCAACAAGUUGAAGGUGACAACAAUCGACCACGCGAAUACCCAGCAACUAAAAAAAAAUAAAAUAAACAUACAUACAACCACAAAGGCAGCGUAUUUGGCAAAUGCAUCGAAUGCCAAACCAACCAAAAUUUCAUUUACGAGUUGUUUCCGUAAGAAACCCAAAAAUCAUAUAAAAGCAACGGGCAGAGAGGCCUGGAAGCGUUUAAAAGACUUGCACGAUCGCCAGCAAAGACGACGUCGACCCCCACCAAACCACGAGGAUAGUCCCAGCCAAUAUACGAGCAUCAACAGCGAAGACAUUGGCACAUUGUUGCUACCCAUAUCUAAGAGGAGAAUCCCACCAACUGGAGCCGACUCGGAGGACCCAGAAGACUCAGAGGAAGAGACCCACUGUGACGCCGUAUUCCACCUGAGACAGUCGCAAUUUCAGCGAGAUCUACGCAUCCAUCCCUACACAGACACCAAUGUGGCACGUGGCGGCGGCGGUGGCAAACAGAGAGACGUCCAAGAAGUAGCAGAAGAUACAGCAGCCAUCAUGCCGACUGAUACAGAGAGCCAAGAAACCAAGCCCCUGAACAACAACAACACAAAUGGAAACGGAAGUGGAAAUGGAAGCGGAAACGGAGGUAGCGGUGGCAGCGGCAGCGGCAGCGGCAAUGGCAAUGGGAGCACACAAAGUAAACCAAAAAUCCAGCCAAAGUACAGCAUCCAUCGGGAUGUGCUCACCCACGAGGUGGUCAUCAAGGAGACGGGCUAUGCGGCCCGCGACAAGAGCAUACCCUCGUCGCUGCGCAGCUGCUGGCAGAGCUGGAGCUUCUUUGCGCUCUUCACGGGCGUGAUACCCAUCCUGCAGUGGCUGCCCAAGUACUCGCCACGGCGGGACCUGGCCGGCGACGUCAUCGCCGGCUUCACGGUGGCUAUUAUGAACAUCCCGCAUGGCAUGGCCUACGGCAUCCUGGCCGGAGUAUCAGCCGGCAAUGGCCUGUAUAUGGCCGUGUUUCCGGUGCUGGUCUAUCUGCUGCUGGGCACGUCCAAGCACAUAUCGAUUGGCACCUUUGCGGUGGCCAGCAUGAUGACCCUCAAGGUCGUGCAGACAUACGCCACUGUCGACUCCACUCAUCCGGUUGCGGCCAAUCUAACUGCGACAGCGGACACCCUGCUGCUGGCCAACGGCACGGCGGCGAGUCUCACGCCGCCGGCGGAUGUGAUCACGAACCUGGAGGUGGUCACAUCCCUGGCCCUGGCCGUGGGUAUUGUAAAUCUGCUGAUGGCCUUCCUAAGACUGGGCACCCUGGCCUCCCUGCUGAGCGAUCCGCUGGUGAAUGGCUUCACGACGGCAGCCGCCUGUCAUGUGGUCACGGCGCAGCUGAAGGAUGUGUUGGGCAUCGAGGUGGAUCGGUACAAGGGCGCCUUCAAGAUCGUGUACACGCUGAUCGACGUGAUCAAGAGCGUGCCGCAGACGAACCUGGUGAACUUUGGCUUCUGCGUGGCCGUGAUCAUCUUCAUGGCGGUCUGCAACGAGAUCCUGAAGCCGUUCCUGAGCAAGCGCUGUCGUCUGCCGCUGCCCGCCGAGCUGAUAGCCGUGAUCGGCGGCACCCUGAUCUCCAAGUGCUUCGAUCUGCAGCCGCAGUUCAAUGUGCAGCUGGUGGGAGUGAUACCCAGCGGCUUGCCGGAGCCCGUUCUGCCCCGGCUCGACCUGGUGCCGAAGGUGGCCCUCGACUCGAUUGCCAUUGCCGUCGUCACCUACUCGAUCAUCAUGUCCAUGGGCCUCACAUUCGCCCGGAAGCACGGCUACGAGGUGCGGGCCAACCAGGAGCUCUUCGCCAUGGGCAUUGGCAACAUUGUGGGCGGCUGCUUCUCCUGCAUACCCAUGGCCUGUUCGCUCUCGCGAUCGGUCAUCCAGGACCAGACGGGCGGCGUCUCGCAGAUAGCUUCCCUGAUAUCCGCCUCCCUGGUGGUGGUCACCCUCAUGUGGAUCGGGCCCUUCUUCAGCGAUCUGCCAAGGUGCGUUCUGGCUGGUGUCAUCAUCGUGGCCCUGAAGCCGAUGUUUAUGCAGGCCAGGGAGCUGAAGAAGUUCUCCAAGCAGGGCAAGCUGGAGAUGUUCACCUGGAUAUCCACCUUCCUCUGCGUGGUGCUCAUCGACAUAGACAUUGGCCUGCUGAUCGGCAUCUGCAUCUCCCUGCUGGCGCUGUACAUCAAGGGCCUGAAGCCGUACUCCUGUCUGCUGGGCUACAUGCCCGAGGCGCCCGGUAUCUACAUGGACCUCAACCAGCACCGCAACGCCAUGCAGGUACCUGAGACGCGGAUCUACCGCUACAGCGGAUCCCUCAACUUUGCCACCAGUCUGUUCUUCCGUCGGUCGCUGUACGAGGCGGUCGGCCUGGACAAGAUGCCGCUCAGCAGCCCGAGUCCCAGCAAGGGGGGAGGCAGCAAGGCCAGCUACUCGCCGGUGUCGCAAAACGGGGGCAAGGCCAACAAUGGCCAGCUCGUGGAGGCCUCGAGCAUGUUCAAGAUCCUCAUUCUGGACUUCUCCAUGCUGGGCCACAUAGACGUGGCCGGCUGCCGCACGCUCAGCGACCUGAGCAAGGAGUUGAAGGUGCGCGGUGCUCGUCUCCUGCUCGCCAGCCCCGUGGAUCGGGUAUACGACACUCUGGUGCACAGCAUGGCCCUCAGCGAGGGCCCCUUCGAGAUUUUUCCCACCCUGCACGAUUGCGUCGAGUAUGCCAAUUCCUGUCGAACUGCGUGAGGGGGGUGAGCAGAGCGGGGAGCAGCACGCGUUUUGUGAUAUGUCCAAGUGAUAGCUUGUGAAUCGUAGCACCAAAACCCUUUCCUAGCCGCUAAGUAAUAUUUUAAAACUGAAUGCAAACUAAAGUUGCCGUCUACAAUCAACCGGAUUAGUCGUAAGUUCGCGUAAGUGCCUCCUCAAAGAGUUUACAACAACAUCAACAACAAUUAACCCAAACGCCGGAUACAAUAACAGAUUUUGUACUUAAAGUCAGGGCAACCGAAGACACGAUCAAUUUAUUUAUUGAUUUUGCAAUGCAAUUUGUACCAAAAUAAACACACAACUAGAUCGUAAGGAUAUGUAAAUUGUACAUAAAAUAUGAGAACUGAGAAUUGUUAUCAUUUA